CAUUCGAUUUGGUCGUUCGUCGAAAAAACAGAGCGAAGCAAAAGAACCAACAACAAUGGUCCUUUCCAAGAAGGAUAGCAAUCGCUGCGUCCUCUUGUUCCUGCUGGGAGCGGGAGCGAUCGGCGUCCAGUCCUUCUCUCCGAAUUCUGCUCUGGUGUCGGGAACGAGAGGAACGCAGCAACCAAAACCGCAGUUCCGGUUGCUCCGACAGGGAACGGCAGCGGAGACCUUCGGCACGGAGUUGGCCGCGGCAAAAUCCUCGGGCGAGGGCGGAAAGAAAAAGAGGAGGCGAAAGCGGAAAAAGACGGCCCCCAAGGCGGAAGACCCGAGCCCCUCCACCGACUCCGUUGUGGCGAGCCAAACGGCCGUUCCGGAAGCCGCGCCCGGAAGCAUGGACGCUGCGGGCGCGGACGAUGCCGACGUGAUGGACAUCAAGGACGUUGCGAGCUUUUCCUUUGGGGGCAAGAGCCCGAUCGAUGCGGCACCGCAGCAAAUUCCCGAGGAGGCCGUUGCUGCUCCUCCCGCGGAGCUGUCGUCUCCGGUGCAGGAGGUGGACGGAUCGAUCCCCCUCCCCGACAUCAAGGACACGAUGCGCCGAAAGCAGGCCGAGGUGCAGAAGGGGCCCGCAAAGGACGAAGACAGCAUCAUGCCCAAGACCAAGAUCGAUCGCGGCGAUCGACAGGCACUCUUGAAGGUACGUUUUGUUGUAGUGUGUUCGUCGAUGCCAAUGCAAUCUAAAACAAAAGAAAGUAGAGCAACGCACUUGGACGAGUCGAGACAAAACGAAUCGAGAGAAACUGGACGCCCUUUCUCUUAUUUCGGAGUUUUCGAACCAACAGAAUAGAAUGCCUAGAAGCUAGCAUCGUUGUGGUCUUGCUUCCUGCAUCUCACUUUUUCACUCACCCUCGUACCUAAUUCACCCCACCCACACGAAACGAAACGAAACAAUCUAAAUGAAACGAAACGCCGACUACAAAAACCAGCUUCUGGAACAAGAUCCCUACGCCGAUGGCGACGACUCGUUUUUCCAGGAAGAAGAAUACACGACCGUCAGUGCUCUGCUGGGGGAAAGGGCGAAACCCUUUUUGGGGAUUCCGAUAGGGCCCCUCCAGGUCGGCCACACCAUUGGCGCGCUGGUGAUCAUUCUGAUGGCCUUUAUCGAGUAUCCCGGAUUCCCAUUGACCAAUCUUCCGACCCCGAUUCGGGAUGCACUCCAGGGUGGUAAGUGAUCUGUUGUGUUGUGUGUUUUUGUCAUGAACCAAUGAAUCUCGUUGCAUCGACGUUGUUCGUAUUGCAUUGCGCUUCCGCCCGGCCAACCCAUCGCACGCAAGCAUUGUCUUUUUGGCAACGAAACUUAUACCGCCGACGCAAAUUUUCGCUCUCUGUUUCAUUCGACACACCGCACCAACGAAUGCACCAACCAACUCCAGGCCUCGGAACAAUAUACGGAAUCAAUGCCCUCCUGGCAGUCGUUGCGUCCUUCAAGGCCGGGGAGAGGGGCCAACCCGCGCCCCUGUGGAUGGCAAAGACCUUCACGGUAGGAGGACUGGCACUGGACCAGCUUACACAGCUUCCCACCACGGCGCAGAUCGAGGCCGCCAAGGCCCGCAAGGGCAAGCGUGCGCUGAAAAACAUGAAGAGGAAGUAACUUGUCUGUGUACCGAACGGUUCGCAACCCACCGCAGCACGGUUUGGAAGAGCAUGGCAUUACAGAACCCGGCGUGGGAUUCAUGCACCGUGGCAUCCCGCCGGAUGGAAAAGGGAGUGUUGCUUUGCGCUGGCUUCAGUAUUGCAUGCUGAUGAUAGUACUAAUAGGAUCUCUAUUAAAAAUCACCUUGUAUU